UUUUGAAACCCGAUCCGAAACCCAGCUCGACUUUUUUUCCUCAACCAUACCCAGCGACUUUUUCCUCAACCAGCCCUGACAUUUAUAUUUUUUACACAUUCAUUUUCAGUUCUCUAUUUUGACGGCAUUGUUGAUUUAUCUUUGAUGCGUGCCCGUCGCGAUGAUCCAAACGAUUUGGCUUUAAUAGUUUACAAAAAACAUUUAACAUCAACAGACGUCACAGUCCAGGAAGCAAUGGAAAAAAGAAAUGAAGCUUAUAAUUGUAUUUUGGAAGUACUUCGUCUUCUUCAAAUUUUGGCAACUUCAAAAGAAAGCCAAUUAGCCUCUCUAAAUUUAAACAAUUUUUUCCAAUCGGCCGAUUCUGUUAAACAACAAUUAUCAUCUUCACGUGCCCAAGAAGAAAGGGAUAAACUUUUGAGAAGAGUUUUGGAAUCUGAUGAUGAAUUGGCUUGUGUUAAAGUUUUUAAUUGGAUGUUGGGAAAUAAUUUGGCAGAUCAACUUAUUGCUAACAAAUUCAAAUAUUUCGAGGCAUUUUUAUUCCACGAAAUAGAAGAUGGAAAGGGGAAUAUUUAUUUGGAAUUGUUGUGGAAAUAUUAUGAAAAAAGUCAUAAUUAUUUGGAAGCAGCAAAAGUCUUGGCUGGGAUGGCUUCGAAAACUACAAGUCGUACAAGCAUUUCUAAUAGAAUUACUCAUUUAUCCAAUGCUCUAAUGUGUGUUCAAUCGGCGCCUGAAACAAAAUCUAAUAUGGAAUUAAAACAAGAGAUUCAAGACAAACUUGACGUUGCGCAGAUUCAAAUGAGAGCAAAGACCUUAUUAGAAUCUGAAACUAACCCAGAAAUUGCAGCUAGAGGAAAGGAAGCGAUUGAAGCAUUAAAUUAUCAACUAUGUGGUUUAACUCAACUUUAUUCUUAUGCAAAGACUUACAAUUUGCAUGAAAUUAAAUUGGCAGUUUUGCAUUGUGCGAGUCAAUUUGAUACUGAAAUUGUGGAAAAUGUUUGGAGAGAUAUUUUGGAUAAAGGUUUUUUUAAUAAUGGCUUAACCACACUUGGGCCCAUAUCAAGGAUUGGACGGGCUUAG